UCCAUUAGUUUCUACCAAUCUUCUCCGAAGGACUAGUGUUCAGCACCUCUCGCCAGAAAUCAGUCCCUGCCCAUUAAAAUCUCCAGGCCGCAUAGCUGGAUUCACCCUCGUCGCCUCCAUGCUGUGUCUUGGUCCGUCCAUGUGCUAACUACAUCCUGCUUGCCAUCACAUGCUUUGGGGUUAUAAGAAUAUUAUUGUUGUUUGAUUGAGUGCAGCUUGUAUGGUCUCAACAAUAGAAAAAUUUCUACAUCAAAAAAACAAUAGAAAAAUUUCAUGAGACCUCACAGGCACAUUCUUGAAACUGUGUUUAUUCACCUAAUUCCCAUUUGAUUCCUAUUUUAAUAUUGACAACCUAACAAAUAAUCGGUUGGUCUGGCCGCUGCAUCCAGCACUUCCUUCACAUGCGUUUCCUCACCUUUGUUUGUAGUCUUAAUUUUUUGGUUCUUUGGCCACUUGUUGAAACUUGAUAGUGGACACCUAGUUGGCUAGCUCCUACAACAUGAAAAUCGGAAUCUCAUAUAUUCCAUGUAUGGUGACUUGACAGUGUAGUACUACUCGAUCAGUAGCUCUUGAGUGUCAUACUCUACAGUGCUGCAGAUAUGUGAUUACUUUCUUCAGAGUUGGGAGAGGUACACCACCACUUUGCGAUCUCCUAGCUCAAAACUAUGCAAUUAGGCUUCUGCUUUUACCUUGUUUUGUUGUGGUGGCUGAUUUUACCUAUGUACAGUUGUUGCAUUGUAGGAUCAAAGUCACAACAAUGGCUGUUGGGCCGUUGGACUUCUGGAUUGACUGGGCGAGCCAGAUCGGGGUUCUCAUCAGCCUCGCCUGCCAGAUCACCCUCCAUCUCUUCACCAAUGUACGCCGGCGCAGUAACUCAAUUAUGCUGAGGGUUCCCCUCUGGCUGGCGUACCAGCUGUCGGACUUGACCGCGACAUACGCCGCCGGCCAGCUCCUCUACAGCAGCAGCUCACCACAAGACCACCAGCUGAUUGCCUACUGGGCGCCAUUCCUCCUGCUGCACCUUGGCGGCCCAGACAACAUCACCGCCUAUGCCCUGGAGGACAACAAGCUCUGGAGGCGCCACUUUCUGAGCCUUGGGGUGCAGGUUCUGGGAGCCGUAUAUGUCUUCUACAAGCACAUUGUUGGCAACGGGCUCUUCCCCAUGCUGGCUGCCAUCUUGAUAUUCCUUGUCGGGGUUGCAAAGUAUGCUGAGAGGACAUGUGCGCUCCGGCGCGCCGACUUCAGCGGCCUCCAGAGCUCCCUCAAGGUACUGGCACGCAACAAGCAUCACCAACAUUUUUACAUUGAGCAUCAAGACUGGUACUGCAACGACCUGGAGGACGAGCUCGUCCUGCAGCGUGCUCAUUCCCCGUUUCAUAUCUGCAAGCGCGGAAUAGUCGAUUCGGUAAUCGAGGUGGACUCGGAUAGCCCGGCGACAGAGGUGGAUUCUGAGGAAAAGAAAAUAAUCGGGGACCUUAGGGGAGACAUCAAGUUCAUGUGGAGUGUGAUGGAGAUGGAGCUGUCCCUCUUGUACGACAUCCUGUACACCAAAGCAAGCGUGGCCCACUCUUGGGUUGGCUACUGCAUCCACUAGUGGAAAAGAAGCCUUUCGUCCCAAGCAAUAGUC